GAACAUAUUAUGGCUCUUUCUAAAGUCAAAGUAGUAGUAGGCAUCGUAAGUUUAAAGAGACAUGCGCACCGGAGGGUACAAAGACAGAAUGACAAGCUAAUUGUUCUUGUUCACGGUAAAGGUGGAAUUGCAUUCGCAUAUAAAGACGACGCACGACAAAUAGAAGUUAAUGAUAAAUGGCCAAGCCGUCCCGGUUAUUUGAAAACAAACACGGCCCUUCUUUACGACGAAAGCUGGAACGUUUUGAAAUGGGGAGCUGCUGCUUACCUUGGUCGGCCGCGGGCUAAGGAUGCCGAGAGAGCACGUCAAUUAAAACCAGUAGAACUAUUCAAGUUACAUUUAGGUGACAUACAGCCAGAAGAGAAGCCGCAACUGCCACCAGGAUUGGAUUUUAAGAAAGCCAUCAGUGAUUAUUUGGCCGAAUUGUGGCAAUGCACAAAAGAAAUUCUCGAAAAACGUUGGCCUACAGUUUCAAUGAGUGAAGAGGUCCUGAAGAUCUUGACAAUUCCUGCAGAAUUCAACGAAAAUACGAAAGCAGUGAUGAGAAAUUGUGCAGCUAAUGCAGGAAUUAUAGAUCAUGUUGAUUCACCAUUACUUGAAUUUACUACAGAGCCGGAAGCAGCCGCUAUUGAUUGUUUAGCAAAAGUUGAAGAUCAUUACGAUUUGGAACCGGGAGACAGUUUCUUAAUAGUCGACUGUGGCGGCGGUACAAUAGAUCUAACAAUCCGCACUCUCCUCCAGGGCAAACGUAUCUCAGAAAUCACUGAACGCACUGGCGGUUUUUUUGGUUCUACCCACAUCGAUCGGGCUUUUAGCCUUUAUCUAGCCCGUAAAGUUAACCUUGCCGCUUUCCGUGAACUGAAAGACAAUUAUUACUAUCAAUAUCAGCAAAUUAUCCGAAAUUUCUGUGAAAAAGCGAAAAUACCGUUUAAUGGCGAUGAGGAUGAAUUUGAACCAUAUAGUCUGGAUAUUGAUCGUACGUGCCCAGCAUUAAAAACAAUCAUGAAACAAAUGAACGUGCCAGAGGUGGAGCAAUUAGAAGAUGAUAAAUGGACGAUUGACGUAGAGUUUGAAGAGAUCAAAGAGUUUUUUGAUAAGACCAUUGUUCAGAUUUUGGGACUGAUCGAACAGCAGUUAGCUUCAGCCAAAUGCCGAGUUUCUGCGAUGUUCUUGGUUGGUGGGUUUGGCGAGUCGCAAUAUCUGCUUAGCAAAAUUAGGGAAAACUUUAGCGACAGGGUCCCAACCAUCGCAGUGCCUGCCCAGCCAAUCAUUGCCAUUGCUCGUGGAGCUGUAGCAUAUGGUCUUGAUAUGCGGGUGGUCCAGACACGUGUUUUAAAAUGGACAUACGGAAUCGAGGUCAGUUGUCCGUGGCAACCCGGUGACCCACCGCACCGCAGAAGCAGAGAUGGACUUCAGCAAACGUUCCAGAGACUUGCUAAGCGUGGUACCCAAGUCUCAGUAGAUGAAGACUUCCCGAUAGACUUGAAACCAACACAUGGCGCUCAGACAGAGAUGCAUUUUCCUAUAUAUUACACGUCAAAAGAUGACUCAAAAUAUUGUGAUGAUCUCGAAAUGCGGCGUCUUGGGUUACUAACCAUCGAUCUGCCUGCCACCCAUGAUGAAUCGGAAAGAACUGUAGAGUUCAGAUUGAUAUUUGGGCAAAUGGAACUCAAAGCUGCUGCUAAAAUUAAAAGGACAGACAGAACUUGUCAUGCAGGUAUCGAUGAUCCAGAACAAGACUAUCGCUGGGCUGUGAAAUUAUUCAUUCUCUGUCUUGUGAUUUCUUCUACUUUCGUAUACAACAUACAGGGAAUCAUUGAGAGAGAUGAUAUCGGACGUUUGUUUCUGAUGAGCGAUUUGUCAAAGCAUAUCAGUCCACCAAAGGAUACAAAGUAUCUGCCGCAUCUGGUGAUUUUGCUGAGGGAUUUUCAUUUGAAAGUACCGCCAGAUAUUAGAGGUCAUUUUAUGAACCAGCUAACUGCGGUCAAUCGUGAUGCUGCUGAAACGGUAAAAAAGUCGUUUGCGGACUUUGAUGUGUUUCCGUUAUCGCAUCCAUGUAGGCUGCAGGAAGACCUUCAUAGACUUAGUUCUCUUCCACCUUCUAAACUCGAUUCCACCUUCAUCGAUCAAGCUAUCCUAGCUAUAAAUUCAAUCUUUGCUUCUCUUUCUCCAAAAUACAUUUCAGCUACCACGAUGACCGGCCUUUCCUAUGCUAAAUUCCUCGAAGCAUGUAUCGACAAAAUGAAUGACCCUACAAAUUCGGGAGAGCUGUCCAUUCCAUCGGAAUACGAAUCUGUAGCCAUAUACAUUUCUCACAAAGUGACAAAAAGUAGUUUGACGCUAUAUAAAGCCAAGAUGAAUCUUUAUCUGAGGGAAAGAGGUGGAACGGCAUUGAUUUGGGAAGAAUUCAUAGAGGUACACGCGAUGGCGUUUAAAGAUGCUCAUUUAGCACUGUUGAAGAAAUUGAUUGGGACGGCGGCGCAGAUUAAGAAAUUUGAAAAGGCAUUUUUUGACAAAAUCGAAAGUCACAAGAAAAAAUAUCAGAAGGAGAAUAGCAAGGGUCUGUACAAGAUGAACGAGGUUAUUGCAAAAAAAUGCUGGCAUCGUGCUACGUCUGGGCUGAUGAUUAACAGUCGUAUGACUGAAUCGACUUUUAAAUCAAUCAUCCUUGAAUUCGAAUCCGAUUAUGGUUUGAGUUUGCUUAAAUGUCCAGAAGCAGCCCAAGUUUUGACUGACUUCCGUAAAACGCAUUAUCACGAGUUGCGUGAACAGCUCCUCAGACUCGGCGCCAUCACUCCCGAAACUGUUCGUCAGCAGACAGAACGCGAACGACUGGAAAGCGAGUUACUUUCUAUGGUUGUAGAAGGCGGAACGCUUCGUACGAACUUGGACUUGACUAAAAAAGAGGCAGGAUUGAUUAAUCUUCAAUUUAAACAGAAGAUAGAACAAUUGGAAGAUAAUAUAAAGCAGCAGGAUGUGAGCAAGAAGAAUUUAAAGGCUACGAUUGAGGAACAUAAGACAGUCGUUGAGGCUGUGGAAAAGGAGCAACAGACAAAAAUUAAUGGUGAUGAACAAAGGGUUUUGACUAAAAGGCAGAGGUAUAUGAGGCGAGCGGAAGAGGCUUUAACUGUUAUUGGGACUAUUGCAGGUAUUGUUGGAAGUCUGGCUACUAUAUUUAUACAUCACUGA